ACACACACACACACACACUAUUGAAAUCAGAUGUGGCAUCCGUCUUUUCACGUGCAGCGAUGGUGACUUAUGCAACCUACAAUUCGGGCCGUUUCCUCUCGGUUUCACCCGUGUGUAUUAAAGAACUACAUGCAUGCAUGCAUGGUCACUGACAGGACAUGCAUGGUCACUGGUUGCAUCUCCUACAUCUUGCAGGUAAUGGGAAUCAAGUCCACAGGCAUCGCGUUCCGGCCUAGUCCGCAUGGGUACGACGCCUACCGACCCGGGGACGUCGUCAGUGGCGUGGUGGUGCUCGACGUUAGUGGUCGGAAGCCCCACCGGCUGUCCGGGGCAUCCAUCGCCGUGGAAGGCGUCGCCUCCACGUACUGGACGACCUCGAGCGGCGACGACACAUCCUCCUACUCAGAUGAGGUGUGGCUCAUCAGUCAGAAGCUGACCCUGAUCAAAGAUCCAGGGAGGGACCUGAUGCCGGGUAAGCACCAGCUGCCCUUCAGCUUCCAGUUGCCGUCCCGCCUGCCGCCCUCCCUGAGCGCCUCGUACGGCAAGGUCAAGUACACCUUCCGCGCGCGAGCGGUCAGCAGCGGCCUGUUCUCUUUCAACGGCAAGGUGGACAGCAGGCUGACUGUGGCGCCCCACCGCGACCUCAACGAACACCCGCGGCUCGGCAAGCCGGUCACGCUGGAGAGCAAGACGGCCUGGUCGUUGUUCGGCCCGAGCAGCAAGCGCUUCACACUGACGAUGCCGAAGAGCGGCUUCGCGGGCGGCGAGGCAAUCGAGAUAUGGGUAGACGGCCCGCAGAGCGUGCUGGAGGCGAUGGCCAGUGGCGACGGAAGACUGAAGCUGAAGAGGCGGACCGUGUUCCGGGCCGGCGCGUUCACUCAAGAGAAGAAGCAGGUGCUGUCAGUGCUCAAGCCGGGCCGCGUCGCCGCCAGCUGGCGCGUCCUGCGGCUGCCCGUGCCCAGCGGCGAGGCUAGCGUCGAGGAGGACGUCUGCCGCAUCAUCACCGUCUCCCACUACGUCAAGGUCUGUGGCGAACCCGGUCGGUCUGCUCAGCAUUGGUACCGGCGGCAAGGAAGGAGCCGAGGACUUUGUAGGCUUGUGUUUUCGUACACACUCACUAAAAUACAGUGCUUCUCUGUGCUACCUGUUACCGCUGUGCGAACAGAUGGAGCAGGCGUAACCCGCCAGCAGGCUUUUUCAUGGUAGUCUUGUAUGCAAGGCAGUCGCCGUACAAUCCGGAUAUAAAAACUAGGCCAAUAUGCGCAAACCGUAAUAUACUUAUUUACAGGAGGACCACAUUGAUUGUACACAUGCAGUUUACGCAUAUCGCGGGAAAAUGAUACGCUUGUGAUGUUACUCCCAUUUUCCAACUACGACGGACACGUGCUGCAGUGUUGCCGCCAGAUGAUGUGGCCAGCCUGAUACCCACUGAAAACACCAGCGCAACUGACGAGGCACCGGCCUUCACUGCCAUGACUGCACCGACAUACCGCAGUGAAUUGCAACUUGCUGUGCAUUUUAAACCAGCCACAUCAUCCAGCAGCAGUGUACCGACACAAGAUUGUCCCUUGGAGCUGGAAUACGAAUGUAGGAAAAAGUCCGGAGUCCAGGCAGAGUUUGUAGCUAUCUGGACAGCUGUUGUACAGGGGGAGCAUGCUAGCAGGUCGUUUAGCGCCCACACACACACACACGGUGACCACAAGCUAAUCCGGGUUAGACCGUUGCCUGGGUGUCCAGCGCCUUCUCUGUGACCGCGUCGCGGCAGUGACCAGCGGUGAUCUCUAGUGACCAGCAGUGACCUGGUGCUUCACCACAGCUCGACACCUGAGGUCAACUGAUGGCGGGGCAUCCAUGCCGCCAAUCUAGCGUGCAAACAGAUUAUUUGAGGACACUACUGCCGAAACGAAGCGAUCACGGCUGUCACUAGCAGAGUCUCGCAAAACUUCAGGGCCAUGAGCCCUGUUGCGAUGCCCCUGCCAGUGACCAUCAGUGACCUCCUCGCCUUUCCGCAGAUCUCGACCGGUGGCAUUCACCUCCACGUGCCGGUCACCAUCGGGACGGUGGCGUUGAGGCCCCACUGAGCGGACCGUCCGCGGCGCGGUACCGUCCCACAGCGAGCAGACGGCCCAGCAAACUCUCUCACGUCGAACUGUGGGCUACAGUUUGUGAUUGUCCACAGCGAGCAGACGGCCCAGCAAACUCUCUCACUUCGAACCGUGGGCUGCAGCCCGUGAUCGCCCACAGUCGGUGGAACCGGAAUAUGUGCCAGGACGUCUCAUCGAUGCUGGUUUUGUAUGUGUCAACGGAAGUUGAGACGUCAAGACUGACAGACUGCGAUUUUGCUACGUGAAUGAACACGCUUGCUUCGAAGAGGAUGUGAUUUUGUUAUCCUGCGAAUCAAGAUGGCGGGUGUUAUUAUUUAUUGACUGUGUUGUAUACUGGGGUGUAUCGGCAAUUGGAGUAGUAUUUAUACAGUACGUGCGUGUAUUCCGUUUUUAUGUUAUAUUUAUAUCCGUCGACCAUUUUGUACGUGUGUAAAGACGUCUUAUAAGAAUCGAAGCCGGAGCACAAGGUCAUUGGUGGUGCUUUGCAUCUGUUUGGAGAGGGAUUCAGCCCGCAAGGGCUGUUUCAGCUCUCUCCACACUGGACCAAAAUCCCAAAUUUUUGUACCUUGUUAAGAUAUGGUCCCAACAUUUCGACGGGAUGUAUUUCUGGGAUCAGAGUCUUCGCGAUUGUGAAGCAGUGGUUGUGUGAGCCCAGACCUCACCGUUCGAUCGUGAGGCUUAAGGCCACCGGCAGCAGGUCAUCCCACCCAGAGGCCAAUAGCGAACGCCUAAGUGACUCGAACCCACCCCGCUACGGGUUUGCGAUUCGAAAGAGAUGUGCUGUAAACAACUGAGCUGCCAAAAUAGCCAUCAAAGGUCUGGACUGCGGACCUUUGGUUUAUAUCUUUAUUCGUACUCGAGCUGUGAUGGGCAGCGUUGUCUCUCCAGGUUGCAGCUAGAUGAUAUGGCUAAGUUGAGAAGCAUGGACAAACAUCAUCUCACCACGGUAUCGAACCCCAUCCCUGAUAGAAGCGACUAUUGCUUUGCCACAAAUAAAGUGGAAGACACACGUACCGAAUUCGUUGAGAUCGUAGAAGAAAGCUUUACGGUUUCAGGAACUGUUAUUUUUGACCUCGCCCCCCACCAAAGAGCUUUGUAAUGUUCUUCUUAUUAGCCAGCAUUUCGAGUACAGGCCUAGGCGAUUCGUGUUUUUCUGUUCCAAAUGCAACUCAGAUGAUGUUUUUGUUGUGAUAAUACGGCUAGCUCGAGCCAUAACCGUCGUAAGGGCUUAAUACACGGCCUCGUGCGGUAGGAGCGCUCAAUGAUCUGUGCAGUGGAGCUGUCCUGCGCGUGAGCACAGAAAUAUACCAAUACAGACAUU